ACCCCUUGACCACCAGGGCCAGCCUCUUCCUGAAAGCCCCGCUCGCCCGAUACAGGAAGUGGAAGGGAGCGAGCGCUCCGAGCGCAGCGGCGGCGCCGGCGGUUCCCCACUCGGCGCGGGGCUGGCGGCGGCCGCCCGGGCCCUUCCCGAGGGCCAGCGCCAGGGCCAUGCCGGCGCCCGGGCCACCGCGGCCCGCGCCGCCCCGCGCCUGAGCCGCUCCGAUCCCCGUGCCCGAGCUGCCGGCGGCAUGAUCCGACAGGCCGGGGCGCCCGCGUGCGGCGACCCCGCGGGUCCUAUUCCAGAUGUGGGCAAAGCAGAGGGCGAGAAAGAGGAGGAGGAAGAUGGCCUGGGGCCUUGUCCGCCAACCACUCCGAAGAACUGCCUUCCUUGCCGAGGCAUCAGCGUCCUGGAGAAGCUCAUCAAAACGUGCCCGGUGUGGCUGCAGCUGGGUCUGGGCCGGGCAGAGGCGGCCAGGAUCCUGCACCAGGAGGUGUCUGGGAUGUUCCUGGUCUGCCGGGACAGCAGCUCGAAGCAGCUGGUGCUCUGCGUCCACUUCCCUUCCCUGAACGAGAGCUCGUCCAAGGUGCUCGAAUACGCCAUUAAAGAAGAAAAAUCGAUCUUGUACCUGGAAGGCUCCGUUCUUGUGUUUGAGGACAUCUUCAGACUGAUCGCGUUCUACUGUGUCAGUAGAGAUUUACUGCCCUUCACACUGAGGCUGCCCCGGGCCAUCCUUGAGGCCAGCAGCUUCACAGACCUCGAGACCAUCUCCAACCUGGGCCUGGGCUUCUGGGGCUCCUCGCUGAACCCCCGGCGAGGAGGUGGGAGCCCAGGGAAGGCCUCAAGAGACCCAGCCCCCGGAGCGCCCCCCGCCUCCAGCCUCAGGUCCGCCUCCCAUCCGGAAAACUGUGCGUGUGAAAUCGAGCUGUCCAUAGGAAGCGAGCGCCUGUGGUUUGUGAAUCCCAUCUUCAUCGAAGACUGCAGCCGCGCCCUGCCCGCCGACCAGCCGCCCCCUGGGAGCUGCCCCUCCAGCCCGUUGUCUCCCACCUCUGACGCUACCUCGCCCACCGCCAGGAGGGCCCCUCGCCGCCCAGCGCCCCCGCCCCCGACGCCCCCUCUCCAUCCCCCCGGCCCGGCCAGGCCUCCUCCACCCCCUGCUCCCGCUCAGGCCUGUCCUUUGCCCAGUGCUCCCCCACCUCCAGAGGCUCUUCCUCCCAGCCCACCAGCGUCCGCCCCUCACCUCGCACCCCAUGCCCCAGGCCCCCCGGACCAUCCAAGCCAGCCACCCAUGACAGCCUGCGAGAGGCUCCCACGCCCGCUCGCAGGCCUAGGCUCCCUCAGGGAGGAGAUGAAACCCGGCCCAGGCCCCAGCUCCUUGCGGCAGGCCCCCACCCCUCCACUGCCCGUGAGGAAGGUCCUCCCAGCUGCCCCUCCCAGACACCGCGUCUCCGAGAAGGCCCCCCUGGAGGACCAGAGUGCAGGGAUGGCGGCAGAGGGGGACCAGCCGGGUCCUUCUAGGACAUCCCAGCUCAGCCUGCCUCCCCAGGGGACCUCAGACAGUCCUGGGGACAGGCCUCAGAGGACCACAGAGCAAGGCCAGGAGGCCGUGGCCGAAGCCCGCGAUCCGGGCAGUGUGCCAGAGCUGCCAAGGAAGAGCCGACAAGCCCCAGUCCCGCCCCCCAGGAAGAAACGGGUCUCCCGGCAACUGGCCUUGGUCUCCUCAAGUCCAUCGGGGAGUGCCGAGCUCCCCAGAGAGGAGGCGGCCCCUGAGAAACCCACGCCUGGUCCACCCAGAGCAGGCCAGGGUGCUGCCUCCCAGGCCGGGACUCAGAGGCCACAGGCCCGGGCCGCGGCCCGACCCCAGAGCACUCCAGAGUUCAAGGGCUCCCUGGCCUCCCUCUCGGAGAGCGUGGCAGUGUCCGCCUCGGCCGCGGACCAGGACUCCUACUCGACCAGCAGCACGGAGGAGGAGCUGGAGCAGUUCAGCAGCCCCGGCAUGAAGAAGAAGCCCUCGGUGAUCCUGGGCAAGGCGCGGCACCGCCUGAGCUUCGCGAGCUUCAGCAGCGUCUUCCACGCCUUCCUCUCCAACAACCGCAAGCUCUACAAGAAGGUGGUGGAGCUGGCUCAGGACAAGGCCUCCUACUUCGGCAACCUGGUGCAGGACUACAAAGUGUACAGCCUGGAGAUGAUGGCGCGCCAGACCUCCAGCACCGAGAUGCUGCAGGAGAUCCGCACCAUGAUGACCCAGCUCAAGAGCUACCUGCUGCAGAGCACCGAGCUCAAGGCCCUGGUGGACCCCGCCCUGCAUGCCGAGGAGGAGCUGGACGCGAUCGUGGAGUCAGCCUUGUACAAGAGCGUCCUGAAGCCCUUGAAGGAGGCCAUCAACUCGUGCCUGCAUGAGAUCCACAGCAAGGACGGCUCGCUGCAGCAGCUCAAGGAGAACCAGCUGGUGGUCCUGGGCACCACCACCACCGACCUGGGCGUGACCACCAGCGUGCCGGAGGCGCCCACCAUGGAGAAGAUCCUGCAGAAAUUCGCCAGCCUGCACAAGGCCUACUCGCCCGAGAAGAAGAUCUCCAUCCUGCUCAAGACCUGUAAGGUCAUCUAUGACUCCAUGGCCAUCGGUAACCCAGGGAAGCCCUACGGGGCAGACGACUUCCUGCCCGUGCUCAUGUACGUGCUGGCUCGCAGCAACCUCACGGAGAUGCUCCUCGACGUGGAGUACAUGAUGGAGCUCAUGGACCCCGCCCUGCAGCUGGGGGAGGGUUCCUACUAUCUGACCACCACCUACGGGGCCCUGGAGCACAUCAGGAACUACGACAAGAUCACGGUGACCCGGCAGCUGAGCGUGGAGGUGCAGGACUCCAUCCACCGCUGGCAGCGCCGGCGCACGCUCAACAAGGCCCGGGCCUCCCGCUCCUCGGUGCAGGACUUCAUCUGCGUGUCGUACCUGGAGCCCGAGCAGCAGUCGCGGACGCUGGCGUCGCGGGCGGACACGCUGGCCGAGGCGCUGUGCGCCCAGUGCGCCGAGAAGUUCGAGGUGCUGCAGCCGCAGGACCACCGGCUCUUCGUGCUGGUGGACGGGCGCUGCUUCCAGCUGGCGGACGAGGCGCUGCCGCACCGCAUCAAGGGCUACCUGCUGCGGAGCGAGCCCAAGCGCGACUUCCACUUCGUGUACCGGCCCCUGGACGGCGGCGGCGGGGGCCCGCCCUGCCUCGUGGUGCGGGAGCCCAACUUCCUGUGAGGCGGGCCCGCUGCGCCCCCGGCCGUGUGGACCGGGCUCACACCCGCUCCCCCCGCACACCCGCUCACACGCGCAGGAGCCCCGCGGCUGACCACACGCGCUCCCAGCAUGGAUGCCCACGUCACACAGGCUACAGCCCCCUCGUGCCUAGGACAACGUGGCAGGACAGCUGUGAAAAUAACACGACGCAGCAGCCAAGUGUGCUUCCUGGAGGAGAGUCGUAGCUCGGAGAGGCCAAGUUCUUCAGUAGACAGAAAGGGAAACUGAGGCUCAGCGAGAGAAGGGACUCUCCAGCCAGCUGCCGCAGAGCCCAAGCCUGGUUCACACACAGCCCUCUGCCCGCCCCCACGCCCGCCCAGUCCUCAGUCUCUCCCCGAAGGGCUGAGUUGCCCCCGGACUGUGCUCAGGAGGAGUGGUCGCAGCUGCCCCCGCCCCCGUGCCCCCAGGAUGGAGCUGGGGUGUUUUGGACCCACCCAGCAUCUCAGGAGCAUCUCUCAGGGUGUGUGUUGAGGAGUCAGGCACCCCCAUCCCUGCACCCGAGCCUGCCCUCAGCUGCCGGUGCCCACAGUCCCCCUGCAGCUCCUGAGCCUCCCAGGAGCAGCCAGACGCGCACCGGGACCGCCCAGUGAGGCCAGCUCCGCGGCUGCAUGGGCCAGCCCAGCCUCGGCCACAGGGGGACCCGGACGGCGCUUUUCCUGGUGGGCACACCCAGGGCUGUGGCGGUUGUGGCAGGAGGCACUGUGUGGAGUUUAAUAAAAGCCCUUUUGAAAA